GAGCCCGAGCCCGGCUGCCACCGUGUCCCAGCCGGAGCCGCCGCCGCCGCCGCCGCCGCCGCCGGAGCGUCGCGGGCCGGAGUCCGCGCGGAAAGCCCUCCCCGCCGCCCGCCACGUCCCAGCGCCCGCCGGAGCCGCCGCUCCGCCCGCGCCCACUACCUGAAGCGGCGGGCCCGGCCUGCCUCGGCCUUCCGCUCGGCCCCCGCGCCCCGCACCGGCCUUCACUCUGGAGCGGCCCCGGCAGCCGCAGCAGGGGCGGCGGCGACGGAUCGAGGAGCUCUCUAGGUCGUCCCGGGAGAGGCUGCUGCAGUCCCGGGACAAGAUGUUCUCCAAGUUCACCUCCAUCCUGCAGCACGCCGUGGAGGCGCUGGCACCCUCUCUCCCUUUACAAGAAGAUUUCGUUUAUCACUGGAAGGCAAUUACCCACUACUACAUAGAGACUUCGGAUGACAAAGCCCCAGUGACAGACACGAAUAUUCCGUCUCAUCUGGACCAGAUGUUAGAUAUCCUGGUGCAAGAAGAGAAGGAACGAGAGUUUGGGGAGACGGGGCCGUGUAUGGAAUACUUGCUUCAUCACAAGAUCUUGGAAACGUUAUAUACCUUAGGGAAGGCUGAUUGUCCCCCAGGAAUGAAACAGCAGGUGCUGGGGUUCUACACCAAGCUCCUGGGGAGGAUCAGGCAGCCUCUGCUCCCGCACAUCAACGUGCACAGGCCCGUGCAGAAAUUAAUUCGGCUGUGUGGCGAAGUCCUUGCAACACCAACGGAAAAUGAAGAAAUCCAGUUUCUCUGUAUUGUGUGUGCAAAACUGAAAGAAGAUCCCUAUUUGGUGAAUUUUUUUCUGGAGAAUAAGCUGAAGUCACUGGCUUCCAAGGGAGCGCCGAGUGUGAUUUCAGAAGACACACUAAAGGGGCCGGACUCCUUGUCCGCAGACACAGGACAGCCCUGCGGGCUGGGGGAGCUGCCUGGCGCCGCGGGGACGGAGCCCGCAGGCUCGGAGCCCACGGGGCCCGAGGACGGUCCUGCUGCUCAGCCCGACGACCUGUCCUCGAGCUUGGAGAGCCUCAGCGUGGCUUCCCUGCCAGAGGCCUCCGUCGUCCGCCCAAACCAGGACUACAACUUAGUGAAUUCUUUGCUGAACCUCACGAGAAGUCCUGACGGCCGGAUAGCCGUGAAGGCCUGCGAGGGCCUGAUGUUGCUGGUGAGCCUGCCCGAGCCCGCGGCCGCCAAGUGCCUCACGCAGAGCACUUGCCUGUGCGAACUACUGACCGACAGGCUUGCGUCCCUGUACAAGGCCCUACCUCAGUCAGUGGACCCCUUGGAUAUUGAAACGGUGGAGGCGAUUAACUGGGGUUUGGACUCAUACAGUCAUAAAGAAGAUGCUUCGGCGUUUCCAGGAAAACGAGCCUUAAUUUCAUUUCUUUCCUGGUUUGAUUAUUGUGAUCAACUCAUAAAGGAAGCACAAAAGACUACUGCUGUCGCUCUCGCCAGAGCCGUUCACGAAAGAUUUUUUAUUGGUGUAAUGGAACCUCAGUUAAUGCAAACCUCUGAGAUGGGUAUUCUGACAUCAACGGCAAUGCUCCAUCGCAUCGUUCGGCAAGUGACCUCCGACGUUUUGCUCCAAGAAACGGUGUUUUUCAUCCUGGGAGAGCAGAGGGAACCAGAAACCCUGGCAGAGAUUAACAGGCAUCCUUUAAGACAUAGGUUAAUUGAACAUUGUGAUCACAUAUCUGAUGAGAUAAGCAUCAUGACACUGAGGAUGUUUGAACAUCUUUUACAAAAGCCCAACGAGCACAUUCUUUACAACCUGGUCCUAAGGAAUCUGGAAGAAAGAAACUACACGGAGUACAAACCUGUGUGCCCGGAAGAUAAAGACGUGGCGGAGAAUGGACUCAUAGCAGGCGCAGUAGAUCUGGAAGAAGAUCCAUUAUUUACUGACAUUUCACCAGAUAACACCUUGUCAAACCAAGAGUGGCUGGGUUCUUCACCUCCUGCUACUCCAGACCACCCCAAAAAUGAUGGGAAAACGGAAGUCCACAAAAUUGUAAACAGUUUUCUCUGUCUGGUACCGGAUGAAGCAAAAUCAUCCUACCACGUUGAGGGCACUGGGUAUGAUACCUACCUCCGAGACGCUCACAGGCAGUUCCGGGACUACUGUGCCAUCUGCUUAAGAUGGGAGUGGCCUGGCUCUCCGAAAGCGUUGGAAAAGUGCAACUUGGAAGCCGCUUUCUUUGAAGGUCAUUUUUUGAAAGUUCUAUUUGACAGAAUGGGAAGAAUCCUUGACCAGCCGUACGACGUGAACUUGCAGGUGACAUCGGUGUUGUCCAGACUUUCCCUCUUCCCUCACCCGCACGUACACGAGUACCUUCUGGACCCUUACGUGAACCUCGCUUCAGGCUGUAGAUCCCUCUUCUCUGUGAUCGUCAGGGUUGUCGGAGACCUGAUGGUCAGAAUCCAGCGCAUUCAGGACUUCACUCCCAAGCUUCUGCUAGUCCGAAAGCGACUACUUGGUUUGGAGCCUGAAGGUCCUAUGAUCGACCACAUCACCUUGCUGGAGGGCGUGAUCGUGCUGGAGGAGUUCUGUAAGGAGCUGGCCGCCAUCGCGUUUGUGAAAUACCACGCUUCCUCCGCACCCUGAACAGCACCUCUCAGGUGACUAAGGGAACAGAACUGUCGUGUGCAUUUCCCCAAAAAGACUCGGUUCCACCCACUGCACAGAGGAUAAGAAGCCUUUUUAAGUGAAGUGUUGCUGUAAACUGGACAGAACCAUCACGGGCCUACUGAGUGGACAGUUUCAGUAAAAUGCUGUACCAUAUUGCUUUCGUUGGCUUUAUCAUAAAGGUUCUAUGUAUAAACUUGCACGUCCUUGAAUCCAGGACACAAUCAAAGGAACUUCAGGAAAUGAGCAUUUCCAAUGCCUGUGUGAAAAGCUGCAGAAUUUCUGAUGUCAUGACUUUGAUAUUUCUGUUAUUUUCAUAUCCUUUUAGGUAGCAAGGCCUUUUGACAUUCUCUGGGGCUCAGGCGCUUACAUUCUUUUGGAUUAACGAGUAGCAAAAAAACCCUAAUUUUAUAACUUUUUAAGGUCAGCAUUCUUACCAAACAAAAUAUGAAAAACUGUAAAUGAAAAAAUAUGUGUAAUUCAGGGACCAUCAAAUGAGUUGAUAAUAGGGAGACGAAUGUGUAAAGAACCAUUGACUUUCUUCAACUUUUCUAAGAGUAACAAUUUAAUACGAUGAUAAAAUUCUUAAUUAAUAUAUGUAUAUUUUUAAAGAAAUGUUCUUUUACUCUUGUGCACAUAGCCGUGGAGUGAUUAAUUUUCAUGUACAGGUCCCAGUUUAUUUAAACCCUGGCAUUUGUGCAGUAACGUUGAAUCCAGGCUCACCAUUGGUAGUGCUUGCUAAAAUAGUGUCGUCUUAACGCUAAUUAACAUGUAUUGGGUUGAGAACCUUUUCUUCCUCUCCUCGUUGAAAGUCGUUUCAAAAACCUGCUCUGUGAUUCGACUUUCCUCACUGAACGUGCGGUAGCAUCUGUGCGGGGACUGACCGAUGAUAACUCUUAGGCAGCGACCGAAAUGCCAAUGGCCUCCCUAAUGUUUACAUUUUUGAAAAAAAAAGUUUUGUUCGGUCUUUUGUUUUAAAUUAUUUUAAAGGCAGGUUUAAAACAAGCAGACGAACCAGUGUGUCCUGUUUACGUGUGAGGGAAUUUGGGUAGAUUUUGGGGGGCGCGCGUGGAUGGGCGUGUGGCAGGGGCGUGCACAGCGCGCACCGGCUGAUUUCCGAACUGGCGUUUGCUAAUCCACUCUCCGCUCCUCCUGCAUGUGAUGCUUCCACUCGCUUACAUCGCUCUCAAGCUUGCGCCUCCUUUUUGUAGUCGGAAUGCUAAGCAGCAGCACUUUCCUCUUGUCUAUUUACUGCUACGUGGGCCAGCAGGCUGUCAACCCUCCGGCUGCAGAGGCGCCGUCGCCGCUGCCCCUUCCGAGCAGCCGGCUGACGCAGCGUGUUUGCGUAGCUGCAGUGUGUGGGUGUGAGUGGGCGUGUGCACACACGCACGUCGUACACCUACUGCUCCUCGUGUCGGAUUCGUUUUUCCGAUUUAUUUUAUAGUUAGUUUUUGCUAUUUAUUAAGAACAAAAUAUCAAACGAUUGUGAAUACUCUCGGCUCUAGAACACUUACCAUUGUUAACAACGAAAAGACUAAAUUCCUAAUGUAAUGCAAACCUUUGUUAGCUCCUUCUAAGAAAUUCACUAAGCCGAAAAGAUGGAAAAACAAAAGUGGGAGAGAGUUACUUUGUGCGUGCUUUCCUUUAAAUGAUUUUUAGUGAAGGGAAAGCGUUAGGUUUGCUGUAUUUGCUCAUCAGUCCAUGCAAGGAACCCUGCAACAGCCUCAGUCUGGGGUCUAGUUCUAGGCCAUUCUGAUGUAGGCGUAUCUGAAAUACGGCAUUAAGAGAUAUUAGAUAUUUCGUAAUGCUUUCAUAGUGUUCAGUAGGUGUAACAGCAACGAUGUGACCUCCCAAACCAAAUACUACUUUAUCUUUGAUUUCGCAGAGGGACCCUAUAGCUAAUCUAUGAAACCAAGCUCAGAAAAGCUUUAACUCAUUUUUUUUGUGUGUAUGCUGCUUCUUAAAACAUGUUUUUCUAAGUUAUUGGAAUAACUUUGAUUUGUAAUCAACUAAAGCUUAAGGUAUAUUUUGUUUCUCUUCUCAGUUUCUCUCCCUCCCUUCCUCCCUCCCUCUCUUUCUUCCUUUCUUUUACCCAUGUAUAUAGUUCAGACCUAGAGCCAGCACAAGUUCUCACAGUGAGUUGGAUUUGUUAGUGAAACAUUAUACUACACUGUUCGUCUUUUUCUGUCUUUCAGAAGCCGAAUAUUUCUGUGGCUUGGCAUUUGCAAGGCAGUGACCAAGGUGCACUGUGUUGGGUAGAAGGUACCAUCUUAGCAAUGGAUUGUCCCAAGCAAAUUCCAAACUCGGUGGUAGCCUUGCUUCAUGUUGGUAUAAAUAGUAUUCAUGUUUUGUUUUUCAUCUUUCUCUCUAACAGUGCAGUCUUUGGGGCUAUUUUUAGUAAUGAGCCACAGUCUUUACUUGAUAGAACUCAGAUGUGUCCUCAGCCAGCUAUCAUUGUAGUACUCUCAUUAUCACUGUGGAAUGUUCUCGUGUCGGUGCAAUAUGGAAGCUAUGAGGGGCUUCACAGCUUUUUGGUUUAAUUGUACAUCAUUGUGUGUGCACAUGUGUAUAUAUGUGUGUGUAUAUAUAUAUAUAAAAGGACCAAAAUCCCUAGCUUGCUUACACUGUUGCUAGUGUAAAGAUUGUUACACUUAAUUUUACAGGGCACAAAUUACAGAAUUACCUUCAUAAUCCAUGGUAACAUGUUUCCAUAAAUUAUUGCAUUAAUAUACAAUUACCAUUUAAUUAUGAAGUUCCUAAGUAUUGACGGAAGUUACAGUGAAGUGCUAAAACCACAGAAUAUAUGGUAAUCAUAUUUGGGGUUGCACAAUGAAUCAGAAUACGCAUGUCACUGUGACACACGGCGUGCUUGCACACGGUAGAUAAUCAUAUUUCCGGGCCCUGUAAAAUAGUGUUACUGUAAUCCUCUGUUUGCCUAUGGCCUUGUUUACAUUAAACAAACGACAUUUGGUAAAUCUUUCUCUUGAACGUCGCGUGGGUUUCUGACAGUGUUACCGAGGCCUGGAGUCCUCGGGCCGUCUGUGGAGAAACUCCGCGGACAGCCGCUCUGUACCCGAGGGCUCGUCCAAGGAAGCUGUGAUCAAGCCCAACUUUUUCUGCUAACAAUGCAUGCAGGACUAAGAGGGAUAAUCCAAAAAUAAAUCAUGUCAUG